AUGAAGAGGAAGACUUUUCACAAUGCGGGCAUCUACUCCCAUCUCACAAAAAAAACCACGGGUAUCGCAUCCUCUUGCCGAUUUGGUACAGAAAUAAACUUUCCCUCUGCAGACAUUUUCAACGAUAUCCCAAUCGAGUACGAGUAUAAGCGUUUUAAGCGAGCUGGGUUUCAUGAUUCGAGGCACAUAACCAACACAAUCUACGAAGGCCGCCCCGAUGAACACAACGACGCCGCGUGGGAUCGAUUACUCGGCGUUGGCGUUGUCAACAUCCUUGGCGAGGAAAAUGCUAGGCUGACCAACGGGUCAGCACGCACCACAAACGGUCCUCCAGGCUCUUACAUGGUCGAGUUGGAGAUGUUUCACCAGUUCCACUGCUUGAAAUGGAUUCGCGAUCAGUUCUGGCAGCUAGAUGACACAGUUGCGGGCACCAGAGUGUUGGACGAUUUCCCCCAGCGAAGGAACCACACAGACCACUGCAUCGACUAUCUUCGCCAGUCAAUCAUGUGCCACGGUGACGUUACUCCCAUCACAUUCGAAUAUGUGCCAGAGAUUCGCGGUCUCAUUGCGCACCAUUCUACGGAGCACCAGUGUCGUAAUUUUGAAGCCAUAUAUUCCUGGGCGGAGGGGAGACGGGUCAUGGGAUUUCAUGUUGGCGGGAACCACAAGAACGUCGAGCUCAAGGAUGCUGAAAAGUUCGAUUAA